GGCCAGGCGAGGGGUCCCGGGUCCCAGGGCUGAGCCUUCCCACUGGGCCAUUACAGAAGCUGAUGGCGUCCCUGGGGGAGCCCCUGUGCCUGGGGCCUUGGGGAGUCCUUCCUUCCCCAGUGCCUGUCCCAGGAUGGAAAAAGCCAAGGACUCAGUGCCCAGGCUCCCGCAGACGGCUCAGCAUAGGGAGAAGGGUCCCCAUCGUAGACUUCCAGCUGUGCCCUUAGCUACUAGCGGACCCAGAAGGUCCACGGAAAGGCUGGAGCAUCUAGGAAGUCCCUCCCUGCCCCCACAAGUGUCUCUGUGCUCACUUGAGCUUCUGCAGGUCGGGGAAGGGGGCGCCCAGUCCCCCUGGGGAAAGCCCCUACCUGUUUCUGGGGGUGUCUUCUACCCCUGCUGGGUCCCAAGGAGUCCCCUCCCCAGGGCCCAUCGUCCUGGGGCCCAUGCUCCAGGGACUUCUGGGAGAGGUGCUGGGGGCAGCAAUCUGCACCGUCAGGUCCUUACCAGCCUCACAGCAGCCGCCAUGAGGGUGGGUGGGAACUUGCUCUCUCUGAGUCCUGUUCUGUCUCCUGCUGUUGCUGCUUCGAGAAGUGGCGGCUGCUGGGACCUACUCUGUGCCCAGGGUGCCUUGGCAACUCCUGCUCACCUCUGUGUGGGUCCCAGGGGACAUCAGCAGGGCCCUGCGGCCCUCGGUGCCGGACUGUCCUGAGUCAUGUCUUUGGGGACCAGCCCCCAACCCCAGGCCUCUCUCUCUGGCUCCCUGGCACUCGGAUGCUGCGCUCUGUGUCCCGUUUCUUCUCUCCCCUCUCCUGCCUCGUUCCCUUGUUCACUCGUCCACUUGUUCUAUCCUGCCUCCUGGUUUCCAGAAAUCCUUUCUCUGAAUGUCCUUCCGAGGAUGGUGUCUCCAGUCCUUUCCUGUUUUACGCUUUCCCCAUCUGCUGGGCCUGUUUCUCCCGAGCUCACAUUGGGCCCUGAUUUUUUCAUACCCGUAGAUUUCCUCAAAUGUCUGGUGCCGUUUAUGCGUAAGAGUGCUCAGGCGCUGAGGGGCUCUGCAGCCACGUGUGUGGUGUGGUUGUCACCAUCCAGCCAUCGGGGUGAACCCUGCCAGCAUGCUGGUCCCCUCUCUGGCUGCACAGAGCAGGUUCUUCCCUGGAGAGAAGGCCUGACUGCCGGGAGCCUGGCUUCUGGGGACCUAAAGGCGUCCAUGUAAACUUUUGCUCAAUCCCUCUUUUCACCUGUUACCCCGUCACGGGGGCCUGGCAUCCCCAGGCCAGAGACUUUCCCUCUCCUAAGAACGAACCUCCUGUCUUUGUCUAGGUCAGAAGAGGGCAGAACCCACUAGGAGAGUUUGAGAAGGAGAACUGGGCCCUGACUGACUCUCAAGCUACUUUCCUAGCUGGGGCUGCCCAAAGCAGAACUACUCCUUCAAUGACUCGUCCUCCGAGAUCAACUGGGCUCCUAUUCUGUGGGUGGAGAGAAAGAUGACACUGUGGGCGAUCCAGGUCAUCGUGGCCAUAAUAAGUUUCCUGGAGACGAUGCUUCUCAUCUACCUCAGCUACAAAGGCAACAUCUGGGAGCAGAUCUUCCGCGUGUCCUUCGUCCUGGAGAUGAUCAACACUCUGCCCUUCAUCAUCACGAUCUUCUGGCCGCCGCUGCGGAACCUGUUCAUCCCCGUCUUUCUGAACUGCUGGCUGGCCAAGCACGCACUGGAAAACAUGAUUAAUGACUUCCACCGUGCCAUCCUGCGGACACAGUCAGCCAUGUUCAACCAGGUCCUCAUCCUCUUCUGCACCCUGCUGUGCCUCGUUUUCACGGGGGGUUGCAGGACCUGCGGCAUCCAGCACCUGGAGCGGGCGGGCGAAAACCUGUCCCUCCUGACCUCCUUCUACUUCUGCAUCGUCACCUUCUCCACCGUGGGCUACGGUGACGUCACGCCCAAGAUCUGGCCAUCGCAGCUGCUGGUGGUCAUCAUGAUCUGCGUGGCCCUCGUGGUGCUCCCACUGCAGUUCGAGGAGCUCGUCUACCUCUGGAUGGAGCGGCAGAAGUCAGGGGGCAACUACAGCCGCCACCGUGCGCAGACGGAGAAGCACGUGGUCCUGUGUGUCAGCUCCCUCAAGAUCGACCUUCUCAUGGACUUCCUCAAUGAGUUCUACGCCCACCCCCGGCUCCAGGACUAUUACGUGGUCAUCCUGUGCCCCACGGAAAUGGAUGUCCAGGUGCGCAGAGUCCUGCAGAUCCCUCUGUGGUCCCAGCGGGUCAUCUACCUCCAGGGCUCUGCACUCAAAGACCAGGACCUCAUGCGAGCCAAGAUGGACAAUGGGGAGGCCUGCUUCAUCCUCAGCAGCAGGAACGAGGUGGACCGCACGGCUGCAGACCACCAGACCAUCCUGCGCGCCUGGGCCGUGAAGGACUUCGCCCCCAACUGCCCCCUCUACGUCCAGAUCCUCAAACCCGAAAACAAGUUUCACGUCAAGUUUGCUGACCACGUGGUGUGUGAGGAGGAGUGCAAGUACGCCAUGCUGGCGCUGAACUGCAUCUGCCCGGCGACCUCCACCCUCAUCACCCUGCUGGUGCACACGUCCCGCGGCCAGGAGGGACAGGAGUCUCCGGAGCAGUGGCAGCGCAUGUACGGGCGCUGCUCCGGCAACGAAGUGUACCACAUCCGCAUGGGUGACAGCAAGUUCUUCCGCGAGUACGAGGGCAAGAGCUUCACCUACGCGGCCUUCCACGCCCACAAGAAGUACGGCGUGUGCCUCAUCGGGCUGAAGCGGGAGGACAACAAGAGCAUCCUGCUGAACCCGGGGCCCCGGCACAUCCUGGCUGCCUCCGACACCUGCUUCUACAUCAACAUCACCAAGGAGGAGAACUCGGCCUUCAUCUUCAAGCAGGAGGAAAAGCGGAAGAAGAGGGCCUUCUCGGGGCAGGGGCUGCACGAGGGUCCGGCCCGCCUGCCCGUGCACAGCAUCAUCGCCUCCAUGGGGACAGUGGCCAUGGACCUGCAGGGCACAGAGCACCGGCCUACGCAGAGCGGCGGGGGGGGCGGGGGCAGCAAGCUGGCACUGCCCACGGAGAACGGCUCGGGCAGCCGGCGGCCCAGCAUCGCGCCCGUCCUGGAACUGGCCGACAGCUCAGCCCUGCUGCCCUGCGACCUGCUGAGCGACCAGUCGGAGGAUGAGGUGACGCCGUCGGACGACGAGGGGCUCUCCGUGGUAGAGUAUGUGAAGGGCUACCCUCCCAACUCGCCCUACAUCGGCAGCUCCCCAACCCUGUGCCACCUCCUGCCUGUGAAAGCCCCCUUCUGCUGCCUGCGGCUGGACAAGGGCUGCAAGCACAACAGCUAUGAAGACGCCAAGGCCUACGGGUUCAAGAACAAGCUGAUCAUCGUCUCGGCAGAGACGGCCGGCAACGGGCUGUACAACUUCAUCGUGCCACUGCGGGCCUACUACAGAUCCCGCAAGGAGCUGAACCCCAUCGUGCUGCUGCUGGACAACAAGCCCGACCACCACUUCCUGGAAGCCAUCUGCUGCUUCCCCAUGGUCUACUACAUGGAGGGCUCUGUGGACAACCUGGACAGCCUGCUGCAGUGCGGCAUCAUCUAUGCGGACAACCUGGUGGUGGUGGACAAGGAGAGCACCAUGAGCGCCGAGGAGGACUACAUGGCGGACGCCAAGACCAUCGUCAACGUGCAGACCAUGUUCCGGCUCUUCCCCAGCCUCAGCAUCACCACGGAGCUCACCCACCCUUCCAACAUGCGCUUCAUGCAGUUCCGCGCCAAGGACAGCUACUCUCUGGCUCUUUCCAAACUAGAAAAGAGGGAGCGAGAGAAUGGCUCCAACCUGGCCUUCAUGUUCCGCCUGCCAUUCGCCGCCGGCCGCGUCUUCAGCAUCAGCAUGUUGGACACGCUGCUCUACCAGUCCUUCGUGAAGGACUACAUGAUCACCAUCACCCGGCUGCUGCUGGGCCUGGACACCACGCCGGGCUCGGGGUACCUCUGUGCCAUGAAAAUCACCGAGGGCGACCUGUGGAUCCGCACGUACGGCCGCCUCUUCCAGAAGCUCUGCUCCUCCAGCGCCGAGAUCCCCAUUGGCAUCUACCGGACAGAGAGCCACGUCUUCUCCACCUCGGAGCCCCACGACCUCAGAGCCCAGUCCCAGAUCUCGGUGAACGUGGAGGACUGUGAGGACACACGGGAAGUGAAGGGGCCCUGGGGCUCCCGCGCUGGCACCGGAGGCAGCUCCCAGGGCCGCCACACGGGCGGCGGUGACCCCACAGAGCACCCGCUGCUACGGCGCAAGAGCCUGCAGUGGGCCCGGAGGCUGAGCCGCAAGGCGCCCAAGCAGGCGGGCCGGGCGGCGGCCACGGAGUGGAUCAGCCAGCAGCGCCUCAGCCUGUACCGGCGCUCUGAGCGCCAGGAGCUCUCCGAGCUGGUGAAGAACCGCAUGAAGCACCUGGGGCUGCCCACCACCGGCUACGAGGACGUAGCAAAUUUAACAGCCAGUGAUGUCAUGAAUCGGGUAAACCUGGGAUAUUUGCAAGACGAGAUGAACGACCACCAGAACACCCUCUCCUACGUCCUCAUCAACCCUCCGCCCGACACGAGGCUGGAGCCCAGCGACAUUGUCUAUCUCAUCCGCUCCGACCCCCUGGCUCACGUGGCCAGCAGCUCCCAGAGCCGGAAGAGCAGCUGCAGCCACAAGCUGUCGUCCUGCAACCCCGAGACUCGCGACGAGACACAGCUCUGAGCCAGCCCUGCACGGAGCUCAGGCCACCAAGCCCGGGGUCCUCAGGAAGGACGUGGAGGAGCAUGUGAGGACACGGUGGCACUAGCGUGACCCUGGGGAUGCCACACUCUACUCACCGUGGCUCCUGGGACUCCACCCUGGAAAGGACCCCCUCAUGCGGGGGGAGGGCCAGCUCACUCCUGGGCACCUGCAGGCUAGUGAGGAGAGUUUUUUAACCUAUUUUUACACAUCGAUGCAGUCCACUUCUCUUUACACAGAUGUACCGCAACUCGUGACCAGGGCUGGCUGGGAGGGCAACGCAGGGACUGGACGCCCUGCAGGGCCGAGCCCAGGCUGUGCUGGAGGGUGGGGCUGGGGUGCAUGGGGAGGGGAGCAGAACCCAGGAGCCCCGCGUGGGCCACACCCAACUCAGAGCCGGCCUGAGCGUUCACGGCCAGGCGGCCUCGCUUCCUUGCAGCCAAGGGCUGGGGGCCAGGGCUGCUGUUCUGCACUCUGUGGGGUGGGUAAGGGGGACCCUGGGCUGUUUGCUGUCCCAAGCCCCUUCUGGAAGUUAGAAGCAGCAAAGGGCCCGGGGAAGCCGGGCAUGUGAGAGGGGUGCGUCCCCAGGUCCCCCAGAGGGCCCUGUCACUGAGGACCUUUCUGAAGGAAGCAGAAGACGCCGUUUCCUCUACUUCACACUGAACUGUCCCAGCCACUGCAUCUAGGGGGCAUUGGGCGGAAGAUGGUGCAUUUCCAUAGACCAUUUUACACUUACCUUUUAAAGCAAAGCCUCAUUUUCUAAACCCCUGACUUGUGAAGCACAAUUCAGCCUCUGGGCUGGGCCACGUGGAGAGAGGAUCUUCUCAGCAAGGCGAGAUCCCGGGCGGCGGCUGACAUCAGGAGCGCCACCCUGCGUCCUUUGCUGCUGGUUCCUUACUGGUUUGUACGGUCAGCGCUGGAAACUUCUAUUAAAUGGAUGCAUUCUGGAGGCAUGAAGUUACAA